AUGCAGCAACUGGGCAUGUGCUCUCGACCUGUGGGUUGUAAACAGAAAUCAGGAAAUUGCAACUGUACUGCCCUUCCUGUGUUGCUCAAUGACAAGGGAGGGAGAAGCCUGGGAGCCCCUGCUCGGUGGCUUCUGCUGCACGAGAAGGCAGCCGCGUCGCCUAUCCGUCACUUCGCUAGCACAGUUGAGUCCAUGCUUUCAGACUACGACAUCCUUUCUCAGUCUAGCAUCCAGCAGCACUCACUGAAGAAGAGGGACCUCCAGCCUGAGACACAUGUAGAGAGGCUAUUAAGUUUUUCAGCCCUGCAGAGGCACUUUAAAUUAUACUUAACUGCAACUGCUGAACACUUUUCAGAAAAAUUCCAAGCAUUUAUUGUGGAUGGUGAAGGCAAGGAAAAGGAGUAUCGUGUUCAAUGGCAAGACUUUUUCACCGGACAUGUCGUUGGAGAGCAUAAUUCCAAGGUUGUGGCACAUAUUGGGGAUGAAGACUUUACAGUAAGAAUCAAUACUGACGGUGAAGAAUACAAUAUAGAGCCACUGUGGAGAUUUGUAGAUAAUGUGCAGGAUGAAAGACUGCUGGUCUACAGAUCUGAAGAUAUUAAAGAUUUCUCACGAUUGCAGUCCCCCAAAGUGUGUGGUUAUUUAAAGCUGAACGAAGAAGAACUGUUGCCAAAAGGACUGGAAGACAGGAAGCAAAACGAAGCAAGCAUCCAUCGGAAGAAAAGAGCUGUUCCAGAGAACUCCAAAAACACAUGUAAGAUGUUGGUAGUGGCAGAUCAUCGUUUUUUCAAGUAUAUGGGCCGUGGGGAAGAGAGUACUACUAUAAACUAUUUGAUUGAAUUGAUAGACAGAGUAGAUGACAUCUACCGAAAUACUUCCUGGGACAAUGGAGCCUUCAACGGGUACGGCAUACAGAUAGAACAGAUUAUCAUCCACAAUGAACCAAAUCCUGUAAAGCCUGGAGAAAAACAUUACAAUAUGGCAAAAAGUUACCCAGAUGAUAAGAAAGAUGCCUGGGAUGUGAAAAUGCUGCUAGAGCAAUUUAGCUUUGAUAUUGCUGAGAAAGCAGCUCACGUGUGCCUUGCUCAUCUCUUCACCUAUCAAGAUUUUGACAUGGGAACGCUUGGAUUGGCUUAUGUUGGCUCUCCCAGACCUAACAGCCAUGGUGGCAUUUGUCCUAAAGCUUAUUAUAGUCAAAUUGCAAAGAAGGACAUCUAUCUGAACAGUGGCUUAACCAGCACCAAGAACUACGGGAAGACCAUCCUCACAAAGGAGGCUGACCUGGUUACGACGCAUGAACUCGGACAUAACUUUGGAGCAGAGCACGAUCCCGAUAGUCUGCCAGAAUGUGCCCCCACUGAAGACCAGGGAGGGAAAUAUGUUAUGUAUCCCAUUGCUGUCAGUGGAGAUCACGAAAACAAUAAGAUGUUCUCAAGCUGCAGCAAAAAAUCCAUCCAUAGGACCAUAGAGAUCAAGGCCCAGGAGUGCUUCAAAGAGCGCAACAACAAAGUGUGUGGGAACUCCAGGGUGGAUGAAGGGGAGGAAUGCGAUCCUGGCCUCUUGUACCAACAGGCUGAUCCCUGCUGCUCUGCAGACUGUAAACUGAAAGAUGGUGCUAAAUGCAGUGAUCGGAACAGCCCCUGCUGUAAAGGCUGCCAGUUUGAAAGUGCACAGAAGAAAUGCCAAGAAGCCAUAAAUGCCACUUGUAAAGGAGAGUCUUUUUGCACGGGGAACAGCAGCGAGUGCCCCCCUCCAGGGAAUGCUCCAGAUGACACUGUCUGCGUGGACAUGGGGAAGUGCAAGGAUGGAGAGUGCGUCCCUUUCUGCGAGAGGGAGAAGAACCUACGGUCGUGUGCGUGCAACGAAACGGAUAAUUCCUGCAAGGUGUGCUGCCGGGACGAGCAGGAUAGGUGCGUACCGUACGUCGACGCUAACGACCAGUUCCUGUUCCUGCGCAAGGGGAAGCCUUGCACUGUGGGCUUCUGCGAUACAAAUGGUAAAUGUGAGAAGCAAGUACAGGAUGUGAUUGAACGAUUUUGGGAUUUCAUAGACCAACUCAGCAUCAAUACUUUUGGGAAGUUCCUAGCGGACAAUAUAGUGGGCUCUGUGCUUGUCUUCUCCUUACUUUUUUGGAUUCCUCUCAGCAUCCUUGUGCACUGCGUGGACAAGAAAUUGGACAAGCAGUACGAGGAGAACACAAAGUCCCUGUUUUGCCCCAGUAACGUGGAGAUGCUCAGCAGCCUGGACUCUGCUUCCGUUCGAAUCAUCAAGCCCUUCCCCGCGGCGCAGUCGACAAGCCGGCACCAGCCACUGCAGCCCAUCACCACCGUGCCCGCCGUCGCCGCGGCACCGAAACAGGACCACCAGAGAAUGGACACCAUUCAAGAGGACCCGAGCACUGACUCUCACAUUGACGAGGACGGGUUUGAGAAGGACCCUUUCCCAAAUAGCAGCUCAGCCGCCAAAUCUUUUGAGGACUUGACAGACCAUCCUGUCAUUCGGAGCGAGAAAGCUUCGUCCUUUAAACUACAGCGCCAGAACCGGGUGGACAGCAAAGAAACAGAAUGCUAGUGUCUUGCUGCCU